AGGACGACCGGCGCAUGGUGCAGCUGCAGCAGGCCGAGAGGCGCAUGCUGGCGGCGCGGGAGCGGAGGCAGGAGCAGGAGGAGAGAAAGCGGCGCGAGCUCUUGGAGAAGAUGACCCGAGCCCGGAGGCAGUACCAGGACCAGCUCAGGAUGAUAUGCGACAAGGCCCGGCGCGAGAACCAGAAGACAGCCGAGGUGGCCUACUGCGCGAGGGAGGCCGCCAAGAGCGAGCAGGAGACGCUGAGGCGGAAGCACGAGAACGCUCUGGUCUCCCGCGCCGCGCAGCGCGAGCAAAUGAGGCAGAAGCAGAUGGACAGCGCCGUGCGCCUCGCGAACGCCUCGGAGAGGCGGCGGAAGCAGCUGGAGACGUGGCAGGAGCGGCUGCAGCAGGAGAUCGAGGAGAAGGAGCGGCUCGCCUCGCAGCGGCGCAGUGAGCGCAUCCAUUCGAUCAAGGUGAAAAGCCAGGACCAAGAGAGCCGCUCGGAGCAGGCGCUCUCCAAGCGGCGGGAGCAGCAGAAGCAGGACGAGCGCGACUCCCAGAGCUUCCUGCUCUUCCGCGCCAAGAACAUCGGCCGCCUGGCCCUCAACUGCGACGGGCUGCCCGACGCCAUCCGGGAGGAGGUCGUCGAGCUGGGCCAGGCCCUGGCGCCCUCGGCGCAGGGCGGCGCGCGGCGCGGCCGGCAGCGGGACGCGGUCCCAGCGCGCGC